UUUGAAAAAAUUAUCAGUAUAUGUACAAUACGUUCAGUUCGAACGUUUAGACUGAAAUAUAUGUAAAAAAUUGGAUUAAUUUCCGACGAACAAUAGGUAGUGUGAACGAGGCUUGUAACGAAGAAAUCCGCGAAGCAUCCAAUAAACGCUCGCGAGUUGACCGGUGGCGGUAGUAAGCCGAUUCCCGCGCGGCGCACGUCGCAUCGCGGAACUGCUCGAGCUGAACGUGUUAAAUGGCUGUGCGUCGGCCAUGAUGGCUUUGAGCAGGGACCGUGUCACGCAAACAUGUUUUCGAAGUGAUAUAUCUCGUUUGGUGACUGAGUGACCGUGUUCCAGCGCGAUGGCCGGAGAACGAUGAGGCCCUGAGCGCUCUCUGUGCCGGGUAUUACGGCCGCAGGGCCCCUAACCAGGCCCAGUCAGGUUCACGUUCCUUAAGUCCGAGGCCCGAGCCGACCCGACUGGCCUCACGGUUCGACACCAGCCAACUCGGUUGUCAACACGCGAGCCAGCCGCCUCAGGAUGAGCAAGCUGUCGUUCAGGGCCCGUGCCCUGGACGCUUCCAAGCCCAUGCCGAUUUAUAUGGCUGAGGAACUGCCGGAUCUGCCAGAUUACUCGGCCAUUAAUCGUGCUGUGCCCCAAAUGCCCAGCGGCAUGGAAAAGGAGGAGGAAUGUGAACAUCACUUGCAAAGAGCAAUAUGCACGGGUCUAAUCAUUCCUACCCCUGAAGUAACCGAUUUAACAGAUGUGGAAGCUUAUGACAAGAUUUAUCCAGCUGACUAUAAGCUACCUCGUCAACUUAUACACAUGCAACCUUUUGCAAUGGAACAAGAUAUUCCAGACUAUGAUAUGGAUUCAGAAGAUGAAAAAUGGGUUGCAAUACAAAGUCGUAAAAUGGACCUGACUCCUCUUCAAUUUGAAGAAAUGAUGGAUCGCUUGGAAAAAAGUUCAGGACAAACUGUAGUCACUCUCAAUGAAGCUAAAGCACUUCUUAAAGAAGAUGAUGAUUUAAUUAUUGCUGUGUUUGAUUACUGGUUAAAUAAACGUCUUAAAACACAACAUCCUCUUCUAUUAACGGUAAAAACAGAACAUCGGUUUGGUUCAGCUGCCAAUAAUCCUUAUUUAGCGUUUAGACGUAGGACGGAAAAAAUGCAAACACGUAAAAAUCGUAAAAAUGACGAAACUAGUUACGAAAAAAUGUUGAAACUCCGUAGGGAUCUUAGUAGAGCAGUUACUCUUCUCGAAAUGGUUAAAAGAAGAGAAAAAACUAAGCGAGAACAUUUACAUCUUACGAUUGAAGUAUAUGAAAAAAGGUAUCAGGCACAAGACUUUAAUGGACAAAUAUUGGCAGAAGUAUCAGCGUUAAAAACACCGAGACCUGCUUUCGCGCCACUAUUUACAAAUCAGUUUGGUGUUCAUCAAAACUGGGCAAAUAAAGUUUGUAGUAAAGACGAUGUGGUACCCAAGAAAGAAAAAAGACAAUACAAGAAACGAAAACAUAAAACUGAUAGCAGGGGAGGGAGUUUGGAAGAUAAUGGUGUACGGGCUGGAACAGGUAGCGGAGGUAGUCGAGGAAAUCGGCCUGGUGUGCUUGGAGGCGGGCUGGACCCGUUACUAAGUUCAGACGAAGAUAGCUCACUUCCAUCUCAUUCACAUCCCCAACCCUCUGUUCCAUCGGAUCGCGAUGACGAAGACACCACUGAUGAGGGUCAAUUCACUUUCCGACGAAAUAGAAAUAGCACUUAUCUACCACCUGUAUCAGGUGGAUUUGGAAAUUGGCCUUGGUGUGAUAAAAGCGAAGGGGGCUUGGCUGAUAAGAAGUAUAGGUUUGCACUGACUAGCAUCAGCAAGCCAGUACCAAGAUGUAUUGGUUUUGCACGACGACGAAUUGGUCGAGGUGGCAGAGUAAUAUUGGACCGCUGUUCGACCGAUAUGGAUGAUAUGUGGUCUUCUCUAGACUUCACGAUACAUCAACCAAAACGGGAACCAGUGGAGUCUGAUACAACUGCCGCGUCAAUAACUCCUAUCAAAAAGGAGUGGUUACACUUUCGACCAAAGACUCCACCUCUGUCAGUGCAUAGUCCAAGUGAAGAAAGUAGUGAUACGGACUCAGAUAUAGAGCCAACAUUGAUUCCAUCGAAACCGCUUCCAUACCCGUUCCCACCUGAAGCAACAUCUAUCUGUGUGGAAGUAGAGCCUGAACGAGUGGGGGAUGAACCACCUUUUACAUCAGAAUUCAAUAUCGCUGAUUAUUUCUCGGAUACUCUGUCGGACUUUGAUCUUGCCGUGGCGAGUAUCACUGGUAGUGCGUGUGUUAGUGGACUAUCGGAUAAUAACUCUGAUGAUACACGGACAAACGAACUGGGCAGUUCACAUUUUGUUGUGAAGUCGCUACCUAGCAGUCUUUUUGCACAGCCUGUAACACAACAGAGUCGGCCUCAGUGCAGUGGUAGUGGUUUUAGUGUUGUAAAUACUUCUGCAAGCUCUACAAUCCCGUCGUCUUUCUCGUGUAUAACCAACCAACCCACAACGUCGAGUGUAGUAUCUACGCAAUGUGCUGCUACUGAAACACAGUCUAGACAGCAACAACACAGACAAUUACCAAACAACAGCAGUCCUGUUUCCAUUCUGUCUAAGUCCUUGACUAGUCCAACGAAUAAUAGGAAUGGCGGCAGCUGUGGCAGUGGUAGUGCUGGAGUCAGAGUGUUUAGUGCAAGUACCACAACUAGUGGAACAAUUACAAACUUUGGCAAUGGGCAUCAAAAUGGCCCAUUGCCUCAUAUAAAUAACUCUAAUAAUCUUUCAAAUAGCACUCACGUCGUGAAUAAUCAGUCAACGAUAGUUCUGCCACAAAAACAUCCGCCGUCCAAUCUGCUACCUGGCUUGAUCGCACAGAGCAAAUUGGCGAGUCUUGCAAGGCAGCAACAACAGACGCAAAGUCAGGCGCAACAAAUCCCAACGUCCGGGGAAAUUACGCUUAAUAGUAAUAGUGAAAAUUUGGAUAUGAAAGUGGAUGGAGUGGAAAAUGCGACUUGCGAUGGUAAACCGCAGCAGCAACAGCUUGUACGGGCAAAUAAAACAAAUUCAUUAGCGAUGGAAGUGACAUGAUGCCUGCUAUUGGCACCCCUGUUACCGCCAAUACGUCACUGGGGGCUCCGCUAACUUUACCUUGCCUAUGUCUGUCUACCUUUUGGAGACUGAACAUAUACUGCGUGCUCGUUAAUAUGAAAAACGGUACGGCUAGAUUCGAUUGCAGAAAUACUCUGAUCAGUUGCCUUUUACGGCGAUGACGGAAUAGUGUCGAUUCCAUUGCAAGUACUAAAUUGUUUCAAAAAUAUUUAGACUAUAAUUCAUUUUUCUAAGUCGUUUGUUUCCUUGCUAAUUGAACAAUCACGAUUACUCGACGCAAUCACAGUGUUUCAUUAAAACUUUAUAAGAAAUAUUUCAUUUAUUUUUGGUAUAUUAAAUUUAGUAUUAAUUUCAGUUGUUAUGUUUUUUCAAUUCUUGAUAUAAAUAUUUCAGAGAGAUGUUUAUGGAUAUAAUAUUAAAAUAACGUAAUAUACAUAUUUUCUGUUUUUUAAAAUAAGAAAUAGUUUUGUUCAACGCAAGGGAACUUUUAUAUUUGACAAAUUGUAAUUUCAUUUUUAUUGAAAACUUGGCAGAACUCCUUUCUCAUUUUUUUACUCAUAUGUAAAAAAUGAUACUGUUGGAACAUGUUUAAUCAAAUUAUUAAAAUCAUACUACAAGCCUUCUCAAACACAGCAUUAAUUAUUUUUAUUAUAAAAAUAUAAUGAUUUACGUUUAAGUAUUUCUUCUUUUAGAAAGUUUUGAAAUAUUCGUUCGGUUUUCAUAUUUCUAAGAUAAAUUUAAAAGAAGAUAAUAAUUAUGACUAAUAUAUCAUAAUAUUGUAAAAAUUUAAUUUUAAAUUAUAUUAUUUUGCAACAUAAAAUCUGAAUUUUUGGCAAAUAGUAUUUCUGUGUAUACAUUGUGGCUGUAAAUUUUAUUUAAAUGAUAUGUACUAAAAAUAGAAUAGACCUCUUAUGAAAAAUGUAUAGUAAACUUUAUAAAUGUUCUUAAUACAUAUUGUCUAUUUCAAUCCUUAAUGAACUCAAAUUAGUUUAACUUAUUGUGGAUUUUUAUGUUUGUUUCAAUACUGUAUAGAAAUUCAGUUAAUAUGUAAGAAAAUAUUCAACUUUCUUUAUAAAAUACAUAGUAGUACAUUAAAAGGCUUUCAGGCUGUGAAAUAAUAAACCUAUUAACAGUAAUAAUAUUUAAAUUGUAAUAAAAAAGAUUCUGAUUGUUUUAUGGCUGAGAAAUAUUUCUAUUUUAAUAACACAUUUUGAAUUAACUAUAAUUCAGUGAAAUUAUAAUAUAUAAAUAUAAAUCUUGAUGUUGCGUUUGAGAAGCUUGUAUCACGAAAAUUUAUAUUACAAACUGACUAGUUCAUGACAUUAUGGUUAGGGUUCAUAAUAUUUACCAGGAACAUGUAAGAAUUUUUGUCUUUCAAUUUAAUAAUUGCAAGCUGUGAGAAUAACCAUUAAUGAAUUUAUUUGCCAUACAAAAUAUGAAAGAAUCUAUCUUUUCUUCAUAAUGAUGUAUUAAAUUUAUGAAUUAGCUACAAAGUAAAUUGAUUAUUCAUUUCAUGCAAAUAAUUGGCAUAUGCCUGAAAUAGCGUACUAUUAACUUUUUAAAUAUUUUAUAGCAAGAUUUAAGUAACAGUAUUUGGGAAAAAUGGGUAUAUCUUAUAUGUGUAUAUUCAUACCAGUAGAAUUCUUUACAAAAAAAAAAAAAAUAAAUAAAUAAAUAAACAUAUUACAUAAAUAUUAUAAUAAUAGCUAAGUCUAUGUUUAAGCUUCAAGUAAAUGAUUAUAAACUCCCUGCUUAAAUCAAACAUAUAACAUCGUAUCAAUGGGUCAUCAUAAAAAGAUUUAGUUAUUUAUCCAUCUAUAUUUUAUUGUAAACAGUUUUUGGAAUCUACUGGUAUAACUAUGUGAAAAUUGAGAUUAAGGUAUUUUGACACUUGCUCGUAUAUAAUCCAUAUACUUUGUUACGUAAUUUUGCAGAUAAAAAGAAGAGUUUAAUUACCACUAAAUAAAACCUACAUGAAAUAGUUAUUGAAUCUGUGCACAUUUUUAUGUGCACUAUUCUCUUCCUCUUAGUCUUUCUGCAUUGUCUCCCAUUCCAUGUAACUAUGUAUUCAGAUAUUACAUUAAAAUAUAAGCAUUCAACAAAAAAUAAGUUAGCAAAAAAAUUGACAAUAUCAAGAGUCUAAGAUGUUUUUAUUUAAAAAUUGAUAAUAUGAAAUAAGCAUUUGUUUUAUCUGACAAAAAAAGAUUUUUAGUAUAAAUACACAUUUCAUAUUUCUGUGUGGCUAAUAGGAAGGAUACUACCUAUAAAAAUGACACAUUAACUGUAUAAUACAUUAAAUAUAUGAGUUUUAAAUUGACGAAAUUCAAGAGUAUCUGUCACAUAAUUUUUAUUAUUAUUUAAAGAAAGUUUCAUCCACAUACGCAACGUUUAUUGAUUAAAUUUGUAGGCACUGAUCAAGAUAAAUAUCCUAGCCACUUGGACUGAAGAUUUAUAAUUUAGGUGUAUUACAAAUGGCCAUGGCAAAGUGUUUCAAAUAGUCAUUUAUUUUCCAGACUUGAAACAGAGAAAUUUUUUCCAAAUAUGCAAUAAAAAAGUUCUUUCGCGAGCCGUAAUACGAGAUCAAGAGAGAAAUAUAAUGGUGCAAAUAUUGCAAAUUCUAGAGACUUCAUGAAAUCAUAAUAAGAAACAAACAAAAAGGAUAUAUUGUACAUAUAAAAAUAAUUACGCUUAUUGUAUCUCUUACUUUUAGGUAAUUAACUAAAAAAUAACUGUAAUUAAUGUUGUUGUGGUAGGCGCACAGCGAUGUGUACGAAAAUUUAUGAAUUCGGGACGAUUUUAGAGGAGGAGUAAUAAAGAAAUUUUAUCCUGGAUAGGACUUAUUAUUUUGUUAAGAAUUUCACUCGCCUGUAUAUUAUAUAACAUUUUGUGAAAUCUAAUUUCUGCCACAUUUGUAUAUACUUUAGGUAUCUGAUUAUUUUUCUCGUUUUUCUCAAACUCAUCAUUGAACGUGAAGUGCUUUUACAUUCUUUUAAUCACAUAUAUUCGCAAACAUCCAAUUAAAUUUUAUUCUAUGUCUUUUACAUUAUUUUGUUUCCUUUCUCACAUUUAUGUCUUAUGUUGUUUUGCAAAAUUCAGGCACAAAAUGAAGAAAAUGUCUUCCGUCAUAUGAUUUUGAGAAAGACGAGAAAUUAUGCGGAAAAAUAUUUCCAAAAAUGUACUUGUAAAAAUCAUUUGUUUAUUUUAGUUGGAACGCUUUAAACGAAAUAUAGUGGUACAUGGAUUUUUAUAUAAAAUUUAUUAAUGUUAAAAAUAUUGACCCAAUAGCCAUUUUACAAAUGAAACGUCGAAAAUCUUCAAAGUUUGAUCGCUCCAACCAAAGACUGAGUUCGCUUUACAUUUUCUGAUUUGGCAAAUACGAAGUUCCACGAGACCGAUAUCUCAAUGUUUUUUAAAUAAUUCAUCAUAAAUAUACUCAGAGAGAAAUAUGAUAAUUUAGAUAUCACUUAGUAAUACUUAUCAAACGUUUUAUUAUUCAAAGAAAUUUUUGUCGAAUAAUUUAUAUAAUUAAUCGAUAAGAUUCAAAAGAAACAAUUCGGUCAAAAUCAACCGUGAAACUUCGUGUUUACCUAAUUUGUUGCAUUCGCGGAAAACAAUACUGUACCAUGUAAGUAGGACUAAGCCGAAUCAAUGCAACUAUUUAGAGCGAUCGAACAAGACCGAUAAUCGUUUCGUGUGAAAAAAAAAAAAAAAAAAAAAAAAAGAAAAACAAAUCAUUAAGAGAAGGAAUGAGCUUACAAAUAUAAUGUUCAACGUGAAGCUCUUAAAAAAGUUCUGAAUGUUAAAAAACUUUUACGAUAAUAUCGACAGGUGUCGAAAUGCGGUGUAUCUAUUAUACGUGUAUUUUAUUCUGUGAAUACAGUAGGACUUCUAUGUCGCUGUGCGACAGGAAGAUUUAAUUGGAAAAAACGCUCCAACCAAAGCUCCAGUUUGAACGAAAGUUUGACGAGAGUAUAGAGAAUUCUUCUCAAGAUUGUAUAGUCGGAGAACUUAAGGGGAAGAUCAAAUUCUAUAUAUGUAUGUAGAAUGUUUGGUCUAAACAACCCUUUAAUUUGUUCUUCGACAUACAUCAGCUACUCUCUCGUCCCCUGAUAACACCUUUCACUGAGUGCAUGUAUCAAAUUUAAUUUGAUCCAAAUAAAAUAUCAUCAGAUAUAAAUUAA